AUGUCCGGGGUCAAAAGAACUGCGGACUGGCAUGGGCUGGCUUCGGUCGAUGAAGAUCUCGCAGCGGAAGUGCUGAGAUUUUACCAUUCCCUCGUGCAGUUUGAUGGAGCAUUCGAGGAUCCGAAUGGAGCCGCUGAACUCGUUUCCGAGUUGCUUGGGGAUAAGAANNCGCUUAUGGAAUUGGAGGGAGAAGCGACAGCGGAGAGAACCGCGAACCGCGUCGCUUCUGCAGCGGACGAUCACGAGCCUUCCGGUGAAGGGAGCAAAGAUGACCUUGAGACCCAGAUGAGAGAGCGCUGGGCGCUUGUUCUGGUUACAUAUAUCAAGGAAUCCAAGUUGCCGUGUGCAGCUAGGGAUUGGCUGAUGACAUCCUACGGGAAACCUUGGCCAACAGAUGUGGGGCAGUUCUUGAAGUACUUGGAGGAACGUCGGAAGGUCGGCGAGCUGCAUGGGUUCGUGGCACGGACUGUAGGUCUGAGUGGUUUCGACUGGAUAGGCGAAGGGAUGAAGCUGAUGAGUGCGGAAUCACUUGCUUGGCCACGGGAUUUUCUUUGCCUCGCAUUCAAUGCUGAAUGGGACGUUCCUUCCAAGGGCUAUCUUGAUGCCGAAGGUUUGGCAACGCAGCUGCGCAGGCUCCUACAGCAUCUGCCCACACCGGUGAGGCAGCAGGGGGUCUGGAAGGUGGCCAGAGAGUUGCUUUUUCCGGGGCAUGUUGCAAACUUCUGGACAGGGCACAGUGCGCGGCAUGUCUUGACAAGCAUUGCUGCAGCACUCGGAGUGGAGAAGGACAAGCGAGAUUACUUAGGUGGCUACACUGAGGAAGAAUUGUUCUGCUCAUUACGUGCAUUUGCCGAGGCCCUAGGAUUGAGCGGCGAGGACAUUGUUCGUUGCUGCAAUGUCAUGCAGUGGGAUGAUCUUGAGAAGACUUGGAAGCUAGGUGGUGCGUUCCCAGCGUUUCAAGUUACGCCAGAUCGGGUCAGGGCAGCAGCAGGGGACAUGGGCGCUACGUUGCCCGGCCCUUAUCAAGACCUUGAGCCACAGGAAGAUCAAGAUGAGGCGCCGUACUUCGUUACGGUGUCGAGGAAAGGCUUUCGUCGUUUGCAUCUCUCGAAGAAGUGUGCAGUGCGGCGGGAGAAUUGCUUGGAAAC